AGAAAACGCGGCUGCUUCAUCGGCCUUUUCACUUUUCCAAAUGGUUCCUUGAAGCACUUGUUUUUCAAUGAUCAACUUCUAUUCUUCCCCAUGGAUUCUUCUCAAACCCAUGUAUUAAGAGCUCUCUUAAUCUUUCAAAGCACCAUUAAUGAAGAGUUGAUCAGGAGUUUGCAUGUGUACCGAUCGGAGGAUGGGAAGGAAAAUGAAGUUGAGAGGGAGUUUUUGUUCUCGCCCAGUGGAUCGUACACGGAAAUGGAAGCUAACCCAGCUCUCAUAUCGCUUAAGUUUCGGGUUUCCGAAGUGUUUGAAGGGCUUGUGAAGGGUUUUUGGGUUUGCAUUUUUGCAUUUCAUGCCGAUCGCCCACCUCUUUCUUCAUGCAUUCCUUCUCUACUCUCAAUCUCCAGAAAUCCCAAUCUGAAGUCAGUACCAACAUUGGCAGAUGAUCUUGAAAUUAUUUUUCAGUUGGGCUGCAGAAUGGGCGACAAAGAGCCAUCAAAAUUUCCAAUGAAGGAGAGUGAUGAUACUUACCAUCAAUCAAGAAAAAGUAUGCCCGCGCUUCAUCAGGAUCUGAACUGUCUUCCCAUGUCUGAACUAUCUGAAGAUCAACAAAAGGAACCCUGUUCACCAGGAUGGAAGAUUGCAGGUAUUGCAGAGAGUAAGAAAAAGAGGGCGGCCAGUGAAGAUGUUGCAAGAAUUGCUCUACCUGAUCUGGCCAAGUAUUUCGAUCUUCCAAUCGUUGAAGCUUCGAGAAAUUUGAAAGUCGGACUUACAGUUCUCAAGAAAAAAUGUAGAGAAUUUGGUAUUGCUCGUUGGCCACAUAGGAAGAUCAAAUCCCUCGGCAGUCUCAUUCAAGAUCUACAGGAAGAGGCAAAACGCCAACAGCAGGAGAAUGAGGCUGCAGCCAUGGCAGUGGCAAAAAGGCAAAGGAUGCUGGAGAGAGAAAAAGAAACUAUAGAGAGAAAACCCUUCAUAGAGUUGAGAAGUGAGACCAAGAGAUUCAGGCAAGAUGUUUUCAAAAGGAGGCACAGAGCUAGAGCUCUUAGAAAUCAUGGUCCAUCAGCCUAAAGCAAUAAAGGUAGAGACUAACAAAGUACAUAUCAGAAGAGUAGGAGCAAGAACAAACCAUAUUUAAUUUGUAUAAAAGUUGGCUUUCUAUUGGCACAGUUGUGCUUCCUAUUGUGGUCUUUCCCUAUCUUUUGUGGUUUGCCACCAUAUGUGCGUUUACAUGAGAUUUUCAGCUCACUUUUUCUCUCUUUUUUCCCCCUUUUCUUGCCCCUAUUGCAUGUUUUAUAUGCGUUGGACUUUCAUUUGGGUUGAACCUGUUCCACUGGUCAAGCAUGAACUCAGUAUCAACCCAAGUGCCCAACCCAGACAAAGAAGCAAAUCUGUUAACGGCAGCGGUCACCCAUAAGCAUAAUAUCGAUCCUGAGUACCUUCGCAUUAACUAAA